UUCACAACGGCAGUGAUACUGUGCAUAUGUUACAAGACGUUCAUCAGCUUUCAACACUAUCGUUUGUGGGAGCAUGGAUCAACAUCGCCAGGAAUGGCAGUGGGCUGCAGUAGCUCGCCGAAGCACGUUGCUCUCACGUUCGAUGACGGCCCAUCGCCUCAUACCAGCAAAGUCUUGAAAACGCUGGCCGAGGCCAACGUUACCGCCACGUUCUUCGUUGCAGGCGCUUCGGAUGAAGAAUACUCGCUCGUCGAAAAGACAAGGUGGCUUGUGGAAAUCCAGGCUUCCGGACAUCAAGUUGAGUCGCAUACAUGGAAACACUUCAAUCUCUCGGACGCGGCUCCAAAGGACAUUGAGGACAAUGUGAACAUCAACGAGCAGUGGAUGAUCCAGACAACCGGUCACCGCCCGCGAUACCUGCGACCACCCUUUGGCGAGUGCGAUAAAGUAUGCCUGACUACACUUCAUCGCAUGGGUUAUCGUGUGGUCAGGUGGAACCUCGACCCGCAGUGGAGUGUCGAGCGACAGCGUUGGGUUAAUCUCUACACCGAGCUCGAGGAGUCCACAAACACACUGUGGCAGUAUCCCAUACACGAAGUCUGGUCGACUUUAGGUCCUGUCGUCCUCAUGCACGCUAAUAUUCCGGGAACAGCGGAGACUCUUCUCCCCGAAGUUCUCGCAUUCUACAAGAAAAAAGGGUACAAGUUUGUCUCGAUGACGGAAUGUUUGGGCGGCCGUCAAUGGUAG